GGAAAAGACAACAAAUACAGAUUGUUUUGAAGUGAUUUGCAACAAAACCAUAAUUUAUCUGUUUUGGCUUGUACUCUGAUUGAAUUAAUCGUGAUUCCUUGAUCAGUGAUUUAACAGCAGAACUGAACAACCUAAUUUAUCCAGACUGAGCCAUGGCGAGUAAAAAUACACUGCUAAACACAAGUGUAGCUAUGAGGACAGCGAAUUAAACUGGCACGUUGGAUUGCGACAACUGCUGUACUGGAGGACUUCUAUUUAUGGCUACUCAUAAAUGUUGGUAUUAAUCAUCUAUUGAAGACGCCCUAGCCGAUAAAAGUGUCUUCACCAUAGUUUAGAAAGAAUUUUGUUAGUUACUGGAAACUACACUAAAAGUAGCGAUGGCAUUCCGAGAUUGGAGGGUCGUGCGAGUGUUGACCGGUAUAGCUAUGCGCAUAUGGGCCGCCAGUGGAGCUGCUCUGUUAGCUGCAUUUGUUAUGUAUAUCAUUUACGGUGGGUUCUUCGCUUUUUUGAUGCUGGUAUUUGCAGUGUCAGGCAUUAUAUAUCAUGCCCAGGACAAUCUAUUGUAUCAUCCCGACUUACCAGCUAAUUCUAGAAUAUUCAUUCCCGUCCCAUCGAUGCAUGGCCUGCCUUAUGAAACUUUACAUCUAAAAACAGCAGACGGAGUAUCGCUACACUCGUUCUGGAUUCGGCAUCCCGGAGACAAGGGUCGAUACGUUCCAACGAUUGUGUACUUCCAUGGAAAUGCUGGUAACAUGGGCCACCGACUACAAAAUGCUAGUGGAUUCUUUCACACUCUGCAAUGUAACGUGCUGAUGGUGGAAUACCGUGGUUACGGUCUAUCAGAUGGCACACCAAGCGAAAAAGGAUUUUUCUCUGAUGCUCGAGUCGUAUUGGAUCACUUGCUCAGCCGGCACGAUUUAGACCACGGUCAGAUUGUAGUGUUCGGACGAUCGCUUGGGGGAGCAGUUACGAUUGAUCUUGCGGCGGACGCCGUGUACGGAACGAAGCUAAUGGGGGUGAUAGUAGAGAAUACUUUCACUAGCAUUCCAGACAUGGCCGUGGAGUUAAUUCAUCCCUGUGUUCGGUAUUUGCCUCUGUUCUGCUACCGAAACAAGUUUCUGUCGGUGCACAAAAUACAAUUCGUUUCGGCACCGAUACUGUUUGUUUCCGGCCUAGCAGAUACAUUAGUGCCUCCAAAAAUGAUGUCUAUGCUACACACUCGAUGCGGUAGCACUCGGAAACAAAUGCAACAAAUAGUUGGCGGAUCACACAACGAUACCUGGGCCAUCAGUGGUUACUACCAGGGCAUAGCGCAAUUCCUGACGGAGUGUAAAGAAAUCAAGGGACCGUUGCAGACUCCACCUGUUAGUCACAAUAUAUGGCCUCAGAUCGAGGAGGUGUAGAAAAUUACGAUUUGAAAGUUGGCUGUGUAAAAUUUGCAUCAUAUUUAAUCUUAAUUAAUGAACGCUAGCGAAUAAUUACACCGAGUGAUCGAGUGAGUGAACAGAAAGAAUUAUUACCUGGCUAGAAAUCUAAGGACAUUUACUAAAACCCAUUGAUAAAAAAACAACAACAAAGCGCAGGUUAAACAAUGAAGCAAAAUAAAACACCCCGGCAACAGCAACAAUAAGCAGUUACACAAUUUUAAACAUUAGCAUAAUAAUGACAUUAAGAUAAUAAAUUAGCGAAAAAAUAUUUACGCUCUCAA